AUGUUCGUAGUCAAACGUAAAGUACACGCGUGUCUCUGGCUGUGUUUCUGCUUAGGAGUCAAGUCAGCACUGGCGCAGGCGCAAAACUCAAGUCAAGCUAGUAGUGAUCAUGUGGUCUGGGAGCCAAGCAGUGGCAGCACAAAUAAGCGCGAGAUAAGCAAUGCAAAUGGCUUGGAUUACGCGGCCCUCAACAUCGCCAAGAGCUAUGAUCCACCACCGGAAUUCUACAGAGGACCAGGCAGCAGCGGCAAGCGGCAGCAUGGCAGCGGUGUAAGCUCUGCAGGCUCAGGCCCGCAGCUGGGUAGUGUGGGUGAGCAUCUGAGUGAAGCGUAUAACAAAUGGCGUCAGAAUGCCAAUCUGCAGGAUCGCAUUAGCGUGGGGCACUAUGGAGCUGGUGCUGGUGCUGCACAUGGCGCCGCUCAUGGCGACGGCUCUGCUCAUUACGCCUACGAGGGACAUCCCUAUGAGUAUGCAGGCGGUGGUGGUCAUGGCGGCUAUUACUCCGGCAACAGCGGCGAACAAGGCAUACCCUUUGAUGUGUACGGCUCGCGUCCUCUGCAUGCGCCACAUCAUGUGCACUACGGCGCUACUGGCGGCGAGUAUGCGUACAUCGAUGCGCAUGAGGUAGCCUCGCAUAAGGGGCCAUCUGAAUUGUCGCAUAAGGCGCUGCUGGCCAAGAGUUUUCUCAUACCACUGGCCAGUGCAGCGGUGCUUGGCAUAGCAGCAGCAUUAGUCAGCAAUCCUCUGCUGCUGCAGUUGGGCACAGUGUCCGGCGGACUGACGCCUGUCAUAGGCAAGCGCAAACGGCGUUCGCUUCGACAGCCCUACAGGGCGCAUAAGUGA